UAUUUCACAAAACAUGUGGUGAUAACAGUGGCGAUGUUUCGAAUUUUAAGGACGCCUUGCACGUCAGUAUGGGAGAAAGUCACGCGGGGUUGAACUGCGUCUAGCCCCUACACAUGUUAGCGCCAACACCCUUUGUUUCUCAAACAUGUAGUAGAUCUACUUAACUACUAACAUCUACUGCAAGAAAUAAAUAGACGGCACAGGCAUGCACCCACGACGGCACGAGUGUAUAAUAUCGCGGCGGAGAGGAGACAGCGACCGCGCCAUCAAUCUCACUAGCAAUUUGAGCUUUCAAGGCCCAGAUUUUUGUGGGCCAGUGAGGCCCGUAAGCUUGGAGAUAAAACUCGGCCUACCGACUGAAUGUUAGAGGCAGGCCCAAUUGCGAAGCUUCCGUGAAGAAACGCGAGAGAGUCUCGCAACGCUGUUUCGCCGCCCAAAAGAUCUUCAGAGGUCCGUCUGACUACUGAAGUGCAGGCGCGCGCGUGUCGGCAACGAGUUGUUGACGCUGCUGAGACUUCACCAAUGUCGGUUGAUCAAUGGCGGUAAAAGCUUCUAGGUUGAUCGAGAAUGCUAGGCUGUACAUUGCAAGGCUCUAUUAGCUGCUGUAGUACAGUCGGUAAUGACCUUGCUAUGUCGGCGUAAAAAAUCUACAAAUAGCUACUCCUGCACUAGCUAGUAACUCGUUUGGUUGGUUCCUCUCCUUGCACUGCAAGUCUGCAACAACUCCGAAACCCUGGUAAUGGUAAGUACAUCUUUGUUGUCCAAAGCUGGUUGCAACUUCCAACAGCAGGUCCCACUACUACUCCUCAUGGACGGGCAGCAGCGUUCGGCGGCGCUAACGGUGAUAGCCUCCGCCGUGCUGGCGUGCAACUCGGGGCUCGCCAUCUACAACUCCUGGGGCGACGCGGCCUCCGUGGCGUUCGUGCUCGUCGCCGACGCCGCGCUCCUGCUGCUCUUCCUCUGCCUCCGCGUGCUCGAGCGCGCGGCCCGUGGCGGGGCGGCGGGCGGGGGCAGGAGCAGGAGCAGGAUCAAGGGAGCCGUGUGGGCGCUGUCCACGCUGCUCACGGCGAUGUUCGCGUCGAGGGUGGCGCCGCUCGUGGGCGCGGCUGUGUGGCUCAUGGCCGUCGCCACGGCCGCCGGGGGGUUCUGGGCCUUGUUCCUGAAUUGAACCUCCCUUGUUCGCAGUCAGAGCUCAGGAGCCGUAUGCAUCUGCCUCUGUAGGAAUAUCCUAUUCUAUA